UACGCAGGACGCAGCUGAUAUAUAAGGAGAAACAGAGCGCCUGUACGGCGGUUUAAGCGAUUUGACGGAGAGAAGUGCGGGUGUUUGGAGUUAGCGGAAUCGAAGACUCGCGUGUUGUACCGGACAAGGUUCUUAACGGACAUAGAUAGAGAGAAAAAGAUGCCUGCAUCCAAGGGGACAGCCAUCGGGAUCGAUCUGGGCACCACCUACUCCUGUGUGGGGGUCUUCCAGCAUGGCAAGGUGGAGAUCAUCGCCAACGACCAGGGCAACCGCACCACCCCCAGCUAUGUGGCCUUCAACGACACCGAGAGGCUCAUCGGCGAUGCGGCCAAGAACCAAGUGGCAAUGAACCCCGCCAACACCAUCUUUGAUGCCAAGCGGCUCAUCGGGAGGAGGUUUGAUGACCCGACGGUGCAGUCUGACAUGAAGCACUGGCCCUUCCAGGUGGUGAGUGACGGAGGGAAGCCCAAGGUGAAGGUGGAGUACAAGGGGGAGAACAAGACCUUUUACCCAGAGGAAAUCUCCUCCAUGGUGCUGACCAAGAUGAAGGAGAUUGCUGAGGCUUACCUCGGCUACAAUGUCACCAACGCUGUCGUUACCGUUCCUGCCUACUUCAAUGACUCCCAGCGCCAGGCAACCAAAGAUGCUGGUGUGAUAGCGGGUCUCAAUGUCCUGCGUGUCAUCAAUGAACCGACAGCAGCUGCCAUUGCCUAUGGCCUGGACAAGAAAGGCAAAGGGGAGCGUAAUGUUCUCAUCUUUGACCUGGGUGGUGGCACCUUCGACGUCUCCAUUCUCUCCAUUGAUGACGGGAUCUUUGAAGUGAAAUCGACAGCCGGUGAUACCCACCUGGGAGGAGAGGACUUUGACAACCGCAUGGUCAAUCACUUCAUUGAGGAGUUCAAGCGGAAAUACAAGAAGGACAUCAGCCAGAACAAGAGAGCGGUGAGGAGGCUGCGGACGGCCUGCGAGAGAGCAAAGAGAACCCUGUCUUCCAGCACCCAAGCCAGUAUUGAGAUUGACUCUCUGUUUGAGGGUGUUGAUUUCUACACCUCAAUCACCAGGGCUCGGUUUGAGGAGCUGAACUCUGACCUGUUCAGGGGCACUCUGGAGCCAGUGGAGAAAGCCCUGAGGGAUGCCAAGCUGGACAAAUCCCAGAUCCAUGAGAUUGUCCUGGUCGGAGGCUCCACCCGCAUCCCCAAGAUCCAGAAGCUGCUGCAAGAUUUCUUCAACGGUAGGGAGCUGAACAAGAGCAUCAACCCCGAUGAGGCCGUGGCCUAUGGGGCAGCUGUCCAGGCGGCCAUUCUGAUGGGGGACAAGUCGGAGAAUGUUCAGGAUCUGCUACUCCUGGAUGUUGCUGCUCUGUCGUUGGGGCUGGAGACGGCAGGUGGAGUCAUGACCACCCUUAUCAAGCGGAACACCACCAUCCCCACCAAGCAGACCCAGAUCUUCAGCACCUACUCCGAUAACCAGCCUGGUGUCCUUAUUCAGGUGUAUGAAGGCGAGAGAGCCAUGACCAAGGACAACAACCUUCUGGGCAAGUUUGAGUUGAGUGGCAUCCCUCCCGCUCCUCGUGGCGUACCCCAGAUUGAGGUGACCUUCGAUAUUGACGCCAAUGGCAUCCUCAAUGUCUCUGCUGUCGACAAGAGCACUGGGAAAACAAACAAGAUCACCAUCACCAACGACAAGGGCAGGCUGAGUAAGGAGGAAAUUGACAGGAUGGUGCAGGAGGCCGAGAAGUACAAGAAUGAGGAUGAAAUGCAGCGGCAGAAGAUUGCAGCCAAGAACUCCCUGGAGUCCUAUGCCUUCAACAUGAAGGGCUCUGUGGAGGAUGAGAAGAUGGCUGGAAAGAUCAGUGCAGAAGACAAGAGGAAAGUUAUUGACCUGUGCAACGAGGCAAUAUCAUGGCUGGAGAAGAAUCAGAUGGCAGAGAAGGAAGAGUUUGAGCACAAGCAGAAAGAGCUGGAGAAAGUCUGCAACCCCAUCAUUGCCAAACUGUACCAAGGAGCAGGCGCAGGGGAAUCAUGCAGGGCACAGGCUGGGAAUGCCAGUUCCUCUGGACCAACUAUUGAGGAGGUGGAUUAAGAGUGCAUCCCGUUACAUCUGGGCUAAGAGGACUGUUCACCGUAGCCCACAGUGGACUUGACCUAAUGUAACCAAUCACAGUUUUUCCUGAUGAUUUUAUACUUGUUUUGUUGUUAAUGUGUUAUCUUGCUGAAUCCAGUUUUGGAGGGAUGUUUGUAGUACUUUUUUUAACAUCUGUUUAAAGCACUUUCUGUUUUGGUUAGGACUUUUGAUUGUACUUAGUGACCUGUUCACACAAGGGUUCUUAAACAUUUUUUGCAUUUCAUUUAACAUGUUUGGAAAUAAAUAACCUUUUGAAGUUUCAAUACUGAGA